AUGACGGCGAUCACUCUCCACGGCCCUCAUCAAGGUCCCCCACAACAGCCCGGUCAAUUCCAGAUCAACCACGGACAGCCUGGUGGCUCUCACAAUAUGAAUGCUCAAUACGCUCAUCACCAUCCACACCACCCAGUCCAUCUUACUAGGCCCUCUGCUGGGCUUAUAUCGGUCGCUUCCUCACCUGCUCGCAAUCCUGGGGCCUUCAUGCGCCAGACCACUCUGGCCAUCUCCCACCUCCAGGCCCAGUAUGCCGAGGCAUCGGGCAUUCAGCAAGAUGGUUACACAGGUAUGCGGUCGAUGCCACCUUCUGCAGCUUACGCCGCUCCUACAAGACCGGCACAACCAAUUACCAACGGCAUAUCUGAGGCUGUGCCACCAGUUCAGAUCCACCGCCGCCCUUCUAGCGCGCCGAGUGACCAACAAGAGAGUGUUAAUCCAGCCAGCCAAAUAAACUGUGGUCAAGAUGAAGACCAAGAACAGUCGGGGCCUUCCGGUGCUGUUGGGAAACUGGCGAAACCCCCUUUGCUUCGAUCGAAGAGCGAGCGUGGUUUGCGCCAUGAGCAAGAUGAAUCCUUGGAUGAUGAGCAGUAUGCCUACGGGGCAAGACAUGGCUUCGAAGAAGCUUAUCAGUCUGAGGAUAUCAUCUCUCAACUUGCCAAUAAUUGGUACAUGUACUUCACCGACAAGCGUCAUGAAACAACCGGGAAACCCAAGUCUCCCACCUUCGAGAUCCAGGACUGGCGCAUGCGCGAUCGGCUAAAGACCGUGUCUGCUGCAAUUGCCGUCUGCCUUAACAUUGGCGUUGAGCCUCCAGAUCAACUUAGAACAAACCCGGGCGCCAAACUCGAGGCCUGGCAAGACCCAACUAUUCCUCCGGUCAGCAAGGCUCUGGAGAACAUCGGCAAGGCUCUUCAGAGCCAAUAUGAAACCCUUGCUAUCCGCACUCGGUGCAAACAGUACCUUGAUCCGUCCAUCGAGGAGACCAAAAAGUUCUGCAUCUCUCUUCGCCGCAACGCCAAGGACGAGCGUGUCUUGUUCCAUUACAACGGGCAUGGAGUCCCCAAGCCAACGGCGUCGGGCGAGAUCUGGGUCUUUAACAAGAACUACACCCAGUAUAUUCCAGUCUCCCUAUAUGACCUCCAACAGUGGCUUCAGGCGCCGACCAUUUUCGUCUGGGACUGCUCCGAAGCAGGUAACAUCCUGAAAAACUACCACAAGUUCGUCGAAAGGCACGAGAAAGAGGAGGAAGAGCAGGCGGCAAAAGAUCCGAGCUACGAGAAGGUGAACUUCAGGCCGUACAUCCACCUCGCUGCUUGCGCCUCUAAAGAAAACCUGCCGACCAAUCCAAUGCUCCCUGCAGACCUCUUCACGUGCUGCUUGACCACCCCUAUCGAGAUGGCGCUGUGGUUUUUUGUCUUACAGAAUCCUCUUAAGACAAAGCUCACACCUGAGCGAGCAAGAAAGCUAGGCGGGAGGCUUCAGGAACGUCGUACGCCACUCGGAGAGCUCAACUGGAUCUUUACAGCAAUUACAGAUACUAUUGCUUGGACAACGCUUCCAAGGGACCUCUUCCGGAAGUUCUUCCGUCAAGACCUGAUGGUUGCCGCACUCUUUCGGAAUUUCCUCCUUGCUCAACGCAUCAUGCCUGUUUAUGGCUGCCAUCCCCAGUCAUAUCCCGAGCUACCUGAUACCCGUCGGCAUCCACUGUGGGAGGCUUGGGACCAUGCCGUCGACAUGGCCCUUGCUCAACUUCCAAUGCUUGAGAGAAAGGAGAGGGAAAACAUUCCCUAUGACUACGUCCCUUCGACUUUUUUCACGGAGCAGCUUACCGCGUUCGAGAUCUAUCUCACGCGAGGCGAUGCGGCCGCUCAAAAGCCACCAGAGCAGUUACCAGUCGUGCUUCAGGUCCUCCUUAGUCAGCAGCAUCGUCUGCGGGCGCUGAUUCUACUGGGACGAUUCCUCGAUCUUGGUCCAUGGGCGGUUCAGCUGGCCUUGAGCAUUGGCAUCUUCCCCUAUGUGUUGAAGCUGCUGCAAUCGGCCGCUCAAGAACUCAAGCCAGUAAUGGUGUUCAUUUGGACACGUAUCCUGGCUGUCGAUAUUUCAUGCCAGCAGGACCUGAUCAAGGACAAUGGCUAUACCUACUUUUCGUCCAUUAUGCGGCCAAACGAGACCAUUCCCGUUGUCGGGCUCUCUGUUAUUGACGAGCACAAAGCAAUGUGCGCUUUCAUCCUGUCCAUGCUGUGCAAAGGCUUUAAGACCGGUCAGGUUGUCUGCAACUCGACGGAGAUCAUGACUUCCUGCCUCUAUCACACUGAGCAUCCAGACAACCCGCUUCUGCGGCAGUGGUCGUGUCUCUGCAUCAGCCAGCUUUGGAAGGACUUCAACGAGGCGAAGUGGAGAGGCAUUCGAGAAAACGCGCUCCAGAAGCUCGCCGCUCUGGCCAGAGAUUCGUGCCCGGAGGUCCGGGCUGCCAUGAUUCAUGCUAUGACCACCUUCCUGGGGAUUCCCGAGGUAACGGAUGAGGUAGCCAGACUUGAGGAAGGAAUUGCCUGGGCCUUGCUUGAGAUGGCUACUGACGGAAGCCCCAUUGUCCGCAAGGAAUUGUUGGUCUUUUGGUCGGUUUUCGUUCUCCGCUACGAGAACAAGUUCCUUGUUGCUGCCUACGAGCAGCUGCUGGAGGAGAAGGAGUACAUGCUGUAUCCCCCACCUGAGGACGGCCUCGAGCACAAGAUGGGCCUGCACUAUGCCCGGCCGGAGAAUCGCGAGAAAGAUGGCACCAUCAAACCGAGUGCAUACGGUGUUGCGCACGAUUCCCUCUAUGCUGCCAUCUGGAAGCACCUGUGCAUCAUGAGCGUUGACCCCCACCCUGAAGUCCAGCGAGAUGCCACGACUAUCGUCGAUUACAUUCAUCACGCGCUCCUGCACUCUCCCGUUGGCACGCAGGCACAGACGCUCAUGGAUGAGAUCCUCAGGCGCGCUAGCAAAGUGUCGCGAGGUGACAACAGUCAAAGGAGCAGUGCCGCAGGUACUCGUGCGGCGCCUGCACAACCGAUGCCGUCGGCAGGCUUGCUAAAACGGACUGCCAGCUAUCUCUUUGGGCCUCUCUUGGGUGUCACGUCAGACGGCAGUUCGACGUCGAGUGUCUCAUCUACACCUACCUCGGCGCCUGGUAUGAACAGGUCUUCGUCUCAACGCAGUCGGAAGGGCUUGAACGCUGCAAAUGUUCUUCCUGAGAAGCCUGAUCAGGUGGCUCCGCCGGCUGCCUACCAUGUUGCUCCAGAGCCCCUGAGUCCCGGGUACCAAGAGCGGAAGCCUAAGGAAAUGCCAACUCUGCCCUUGGUCAGCACCUUCUUGGAGUGGUCUACUGAAUACUUCCGGGAGCCUCAGAUGAAGCCCCCGGAAGCUGAAGAGCCCGGUAGCCAUGAAUACAACCAACGGCUCUGGAGGCGGUCGCGCAAUGAAGCAGUUCUCCGAGAGACACAGCCCCAAAAACUGUAUGCUCGCACUCACAGGUGGAAUAACCAAAUUGGGCUGAUCAACAACGGCACCCAGCCGUCCAAGAUGACCUUCCACCAGUUCGAGAAUUGCGUGGCAGUAGCUGACGAUGGUAAUACCAUUACUGUCUGGGAUUGGAAGACAAAUGCUCGCCUGAGUCGCUUCUCCAAUGGCAACCCAGAGGGCACCAAGAUAUCUGACCUGUGCUUCAUCAAUGAGGAUGACCAAGCCCUUCUCAUGACUGGCUCUUCGGAUGGUGUCAUCCGCAUCUACAACAAUUAUGAUAGCGAUGAGCGGGUUGAGCUUGCAUCAGCUUGGCGUGCUUUGACUCAUAUGGUCCCUUCCAAUGUCAACUCCGGCAUGGUCUUUGAAUGGCUUCAGGUCAAUGGCCGCGUUCUCGUCGCGGGUGAUGAGCGGGUCAUCCGCAUCUGGAGUGCCGGUCAAGAGAUCUGCACACACGAGAUCCCAGCUCGAUCGGGCUCAUGUGUGACUAGUUUGACUUCAGAUCAAAUGACGGGCAACAUCUUCGUGGCUGGCUUUGGCGAUGGCGCCAUCCGUGUCUUCGAUUCGCGCUUACGCCCACACGAAGCUAUGGUCCGGAAGUGGAAGGAUGAUGCCAGACAAUGGGUCAGGUCAGUCCAUAUGCAACGUGGUGGCCAGCGCGAGCUGCUUUCGGCUAGCAGAAACGGCAAGAUCAGUCUAUGGGAUAUUCGGAUGGAUCAGCCGCUCAAGACCUUCCAGAGUACUAAGGAGAUUCUAAGGACGGCGAGCACACAUGAACACCUCCCCGUGUUUGCUGUUGGCACAUCUGCCCAUAUGGUUAAGGUCUUUGACUUCGACGGUAACGAGCUGACCCGUCUGGAGCCUUACUCAAACUUCUUGCAAGGCAGCAAAGCCUCACCAAUUGCCACGACCGCCUUCCAUCCUCACCGCAUGAUUCUGGGAUGCGCUUCCCGUGGCGACAAUUACAUCAGCCUUUAUUCGUGCAGCAAUGAGCGCGUCCCGAACCUGGUCUAG